GCAGAGAGAGGUGGGGCUAGGGCAGGACUAGUGGAAAACUUUGGAGACCUCCACACGCAGAGGCCAGCCAGGCUCCUGGGUGGGCUGAGGGCUUAGCAGACACAGUUUCUCCAGUGUCCUUGCUAGAGAGGUAGGCAGGAGGGCGGCUGGACCACUCCUCAGACUGCAGCCAGGGCCACAGCAGCCAGUCACCAGCCUGAGACAGGCCUUGGCCCCUCACUGCUCUGCCUGCUCACCUUUCCUCGUUCCCAGCCUAGGUAGGCCCUGAGGCACUGCCUGGCUCUGAGCACUUGUUCCUUGUGAGUGGGUGGGUGGCCAAGGGCACUCGCCAGCACCAGCACCAUGGUGCGGAAUGUGGACGACCUGGAUUUCCAGCUGCCCUCGCAUGCCCAGGACAUGCUGGACGGCCUGCAGCGGCUGCGGUCUCAGCCCAAGCUGGCCGACGUCACACUGCUGGUGGGUGGCCGGGAGCUGCCCUGCCACCGCAGCCUCCUGGCCCUGAGCAGCCCCUACUUCCAUGCCAUGUUUGCGGGCGACUUUGCUGAGAGCUUCUCUGCACGCGUGGAGCUGCGGGACGUGGAGCCGGCUGUGGUGGGGCAGCUAGUGGACUUCGUGUACACGGGCCGGCUGACCAUCACGCAGAACAAUGUGGAGGCGCUGAUACGCACGGCUACACGCCUGCACUUCCCCGCCGUGCAGAAGGUCUGUGGCCGCUACCUGCAGCAGCAACUGGACGCUGCCAACUGCCUGGGCAUCUGCGAGUUCGGGGAGCAGCAGGGGCUGCUGGGUGUGGCUGCCAAGGCCUGGGCCUUCCUGCGGGAGAACUUUGAAGCUGUGGCACGUGAGGACGAGUUCCUGCAGCUGCCUCAGGACCGGCUGGCCAUCUGUCUUGCCAGCGACCUGCUGCAGGUGCAGCCAGAGCAGAGCCGGCUGCGAGCCCUGCUGCGUUGGGUGCGUCAUGACCCACAAGUUCGGGCCGCCCACCUGCCUGAACUGUUGGGCCUGGUGCACCUGGACGCCAUGCCUGGGUCCUGUGUGCAGGAGCUGCUGGCCACAGAGCCACUGAUCCAGGAGUCGGAGGCUUGCCGGGCGGCGCUGGCCCAGGGCCAUGGUGGGGUGCUGCCAGCCCCCCCGCAGAAGCUGCAGGAGGUCCUGGUGGUGGUGGGUGGGCGGGCGCUGGAGGAGGACGAGGUGGAUGAGGAGCCCACUCCCCACCCUGGGAACUUCGCCUUCUAUAACACCAAGGCCAAGAAGUGGAUGGCACUCCCAGACUUCCCUGACUACCACAAGUGGGGCUUCUCCCUGGCAGCCCUGAACAACAACAUCUAUGUCACAGGUGGCUCUCGGGGCACCAAGACAGACACUUGGUCCACUACCCAGGCCUGGUGCUUCCCGCUGAAGGAGGCUGCCUGGAAGCCUGUGGCGCCCAUGCUGAAGGCCCGCACCAACCAUGCCAGCACUGCGCUCAACGGGGAGAUCUACACCAUUGGCGGCACCACCCUGGACAUGGUGGAGGUGGAGAGCUAUGACCCCUACACGGACAGCUGGAUGCCGGCCAGCCCUGCCCUCAAGUAUGUCAGCAACUUCUCCGCCGCUGGCUGCCGGGGCCGGCUCUACCUGGUGGGCUCCAGCGCCUGCAAGUAUAACACGCUAGCCCUGCAGUGCUACAGCCCUGUCACAGAUGCGUGGAGCGUGAUCGCCUCACCCUUCUUGCCCAAGUACCUGUCCUCGCCACGCUGCGCUGCACUGCACGGGGCGCUCUACCUCAUUGGCGACAACACCAAGAAGGUCUACGUGUACGACCCUGGGGCCAACCUGUGGCAAAAGGUGCAGUCCCUGCACAGCCUGCACGAGAAUGGCGCACUGGUACCACUGGGUGAUGCGCUGUAUGUGACAGGCGGCCGCUGGCAGGGCAUGGAUGGCGACUACCACGUGGACCUGGAGGUCUAUGACGCAGUGCAGGACUCUUGGACCCACCACGGUGCCCUGCCGCGCCUCUGGCUCUACCACGGGGCCUCUGCCAUCUUCCUGGACAUCUCCAAGUGGACCCAGCCCUUCAACCCUUCCCAGGAGCACUGAGCCAGGGGGCGCUCCCGGAGAGCAGUCCCCACAGCAGCUCCCUGCCACCCUGUGGCCAACUUUUAUUCUGCUUGUUUGUUCCCACGGAGCUGCCACCCCCUCUAGGCUGGACUCCGGUCAUGAGGGUCAUCAGACGACACAGCUCAGUGCACACAGCUUUGGUCUCUGGAGCCGCCACACCAAGCUCUGAGCUGUGUAGUCAUAGGGCCUGAGUGCUGGACACCUGCAUAAUGGGGACAAGAAGCCCUGAUGCCCUUGGGUUGCUAAACCCUCAGAGAAAGGAGCCAAGGCCCAGACAGCCUCUCAGUGCUCGCCCUCUCCCGGCACCAGCUGUCCCUGCCUCUGGGCCCAACCGGUGGCUUUCAGAGCAGUUGCACACGUGAUGGGGAACAAGGAGGGAUCCAGGAAGCUGACCUUGUGGGGAUGGAAGGGUCCUGGGAUGGGGUUAGCACAAGGCCACCUGGAUGAUCCCCUCCAGGCUGAGUGUCACAGCACAUGGGGCUGUCGGGUGGGCCCGGGGCUGUCCCCACACCCAGCCUCUGCAUGUCUGCCUUGAGCUUCUGCUUCUAGGGACAAAGAAGGCCCCACCCAUCUCUUCUGUACCAGCCAUCCCAUCAGCAGGGCAGCCCCCACCAAGGCAGCAGGAGAGGGUGCUCUCUAACAGGAUUUCCUCUGUUUCUUGGGGGUGAUUUUCAUCAAAACAAAGGUUCUUCAUGAGAUGAAGUUCCCACUGGGUGAGGCCUAAGGUGUCUGCAGGGACUUUCUGGGUGAGGCUGUGGGCUGGCUGGUGGCUUGCUCUCAGCAGCCUCCUGAGAAAGGGCAGUGGGUAUCAUCUGCCAGGCCUUCCUGCCAGCACAUGGUGUGACUGAGUGUGGCUCAGGCCCCCACAGAGCCCCCCAUGUCUGACUGGGGUCCCACAUGGACAUGGCAUCCAAGCUAUUUCUCAUUGUGAAGAGGCGUCCACCUUUGUAACCAAGGAAACAGCAAAGGCCUCUCUUUGGGUGCUGAGUGCCAUGUUCCUGCUGUCACAGGCUCCAUCAGAGGACACAGGGCUGAGGUCAGGAGAGGGGAUUCAUGCUGGUGCCAGCCCUGGUAGUGACGCUGAGAGGCCAUGGGUAGGUCCCGUCUCCCUCUGGAUGUGGGUCUCCUCUCCUGGGCAGGCCCACGGCUCCUUCUGGUACCUCACUGGGAGUCAGAGGCUUGGGGUACUCCACUGGGUGUCGGGGGCUCGGGUGUCCCUGGGCUCCGAGGACAGGAGUCUCUGGUCCUUCCUGCUUCUGUGGGUCCCAACCCACUUUGCCCCCAGACCUGCCCUCUCAUGCCCCUUUUUUGUGGGACAAUUGAGUCGACCCCCUUGAGCCCAGACAGAGAGGGGCCUCAGAGUGCUCCCAAAGGAAUCAGAGCCCCGACCUGAGGCCAACUGUGUUGGCUUGUGGGUUGGGGAACCAGGUGAGGGUUUCUGGGGCCCUAGACCGUUUCCACAUGGACGUCCCUGAAAUGUUUUCUAGAUAGUUAUCAA